CUGCACUAAACUUUUACUAGUGAAUAUUGAAAGUGCUGAUAACCUUCAACUGAUGAAAAACCAGUUCGGCUUUUGUUUGAGGGGAAGUAAUUCAAUGCUGAAAUUGUCUGCCAUCUCGAAGGGUGCUUACAUCAAUCAUCUGUCUGGAAUCGAUAUAAACUCUAUGCAGGUCAUUGAUACGAAAUCUCUAAAUGAUCAUUUGGACAGUUUGUUGAAUAUUGAGAGUAUGGGUACAUAUUGCAACCCAAAGUGUGGAGGAUGUCGAUGCGGUCAAUGUAGUGUUGGUAAUGGAAGAUAUUACGUAUUACGUAUGAUACGAGGGCGAGUCAAUAAGUAACCAGCCUAUUCCAUUUUCGAUUGACCGAGACAGUCACGAUUUUCAUGCCUUGUUUCAAUACAUGUUUUAUACCUGGGUACAAAAUUGCACGUGUAUCGAGUCAUCCUUUAAUAAGAUAUUGAAUGUCAAACAUGGCUAGUGAUACAAAGGCAUGCUUUUCAUCUAAAGUUGAGUACUGUGUUAUAAUUAGGUACUUGUAUUGAAAACGUAAAACAGGCAAAGAAAUACACGACGAGUUAGCCAAUGUUUAUGGGUCUUCUGCACCAUCUUAUGCUCAGGUUAACUUCUGGGUAGGGGAAUUCAAACACGGUAGAACGUCUUUAGAAGAUGAAACCAUGUCUGGACGUCCACUGGAUGCCACCGACGAAGAAAUGUGUAAGAAAGUUCGGGAUCUGGAAUUCAGGUGGAAGAAAUAACGCAGGCAUUAGGCAUUUCACAUGGUAGCGUUUCAACAAUCUUACAUGAUCGCUUAGGUAUGUGCAAGCUAACAGCCCGUUGGGUCCCCAAAUCCCUUAGCGAUAAGCAAAUGACAACCAGAGCAUUUAGUAUGCAGCGCCUCGUUGAAGCGUUUUAGGUCAGAAGAUGAUUUUCUUUUGCGUCUGGUGACUGUAAAGGAGACUUGGGUUCAUUUUUAAUGAGCCAGAGAAUAAAGCUCAGAGUCGUCAGUGGGUAGGGCAUGGGUCCUCGAGGCCAAAGAAGUUCAAGACGCAACCAUCUGAGCUGCAUGACAAGGUGAUGGUCAAAGUAUUUUUGGACGCAAAAAGUGUUAUUAUGUUGGACUUUUUACCCAAGAGAAGUACAAGAGAAAACAGCAAAACUAAGAGUGUGGCAAAUCUCAUUGAUCUCUCAGAGUAUGACAUUAAAGAAACUUCUUAAACUCAGUUUACAACUUAUAGUGAAGAAACAUACAUUCCGAGGAAUUGUACAUUGUCUAUCUGCAGAUGCAUUGGAAAACGCGGAAAGUAUUUGGAUUAGACAUGCUCAAGAGGAUCUUACAAAUGAUGCAACAUAUAGAUUUAGAAGACUCGGACCCCAAUUAAUAGAUGACAGUGUUACAGUUGGUCAAAGAAUAAACAAAUGGAUUGAAAAUAAUUGAAAUAUGACAUCAUUUGCUCUCAUAUCGUCAAGUCAUCCAUUUGCAUGGGAAAGAACAUGGAGUACUUUUCAACUGUUUAGUGUCUAGAACUGUAUAUGUUGAAGAUUACGACAUCGGAAGCUUUAUGACGGUACUACGCAAAUUUGUGUCAAUUCGUGGAUAUCCAAAAUAUAAUAGACAUUGGAACCCAACUUGUUGCUACAGGAAAGGAUUUGAGAGCAAUUGUAUAUUCAUGGAAAUUGGAUGAUAUUAAGAAAUUUGGGAAAGAGGAAAGGAUGGAUUGGGAAAGAACUAAGUCAACAGAUGCUCCCUGGGAAAAUGAAUGUAGUGAAUCUCUCAUUCAAUCAACAAAAAUCUGGUUAGAAUCUGCAACAGGAUCUUCAAUCAUGAAAUUUUCAUAACUUCAAACAGUUUUUUAAAAGUUAGAAAUCUUCUCAACGAGCCAAUUGGAACUAAGAAUUGUGAUCCUGUGAUUGGCACUUACCUUUGCCCUAUGAUUUACUAUUCGGACGUGCCAGUUCACACUUUCUAGUCGAAAACUGGGAUGCUUGUGUGGAUAAGAUAAUAUGAUUUGUGCAGCGUGUCAUUGAUACAUUCUUGAAACAGUGUAUGAGAGACUAUUUCCAUACACUUAUUGUUAGACAAAAUGGCACAUAGAAAACCAUUCAAGUUGGAGAUGUGGUACUUGUACAGGAUUUAAAAAAGUUGAAAAAACAUACGUGGACAAUGGAAAUUAGCUCAAAUUCUGGAAGCUACGCCUGGAGUGGAUGGGAAAGUUCCAGACGUAAAAAUUCGACACAAGAAUACAGGGCGUACUUAUCAUGGAUAUAUGGACUGGAUUGUAAGCAGAUCCGUUUGCUGUUUGAUCUCGUACUACCAAUUGAAGAACAAUAGUGACAUGUGCUUUAGUUUGUGUGUGUGUGUGUUGGGGGGUGUAAAGAAAUCAUUCGGGAUUAUAAAAUUCGUCCUUUCUGGUUUCGAAUUAGUGAGGUAAACUUGCUUCUGGUAUGUUUAAUCAUUAUCGGCCGCAGGAGGUUAUGACUAGAGGUUGCAUCACUCUAUUUAUGUGGAGGUUCACGUCGAAUCAUGGCCGAAAGAAAAUAAUUCCUGGAACUUUGCAUGUUUUAUGGGACUUUCCUUAUGAGAGGUGGGUGAUUUGGCUUUUGACCAGCUGAUUUUGCACGUGCUUGACUUCGAUGUAAACAAACUCUCACGCCUUGCUGGAUGGGUAUGUAUUUUUUGGUAUGAAAAUGCUCAUUAAGAACUGUACUACAUGAUGUGAAAGUACAACUUCUGAAAAGUUUACUUUAAGGCAGCAGGGUCAGGUCAAAGGUGAGUAAUUUUGGUAAGAACAUAUAGGCAAAAUUAAUAGAGUGGUGCAACCUCUAGUCAUAACCGCCGCAGGAGCGGCCGAUCUAUUUGUGAUUGUGUUAGAAAGUGCGCAUGGGGAAAUGAGACGUUAUUUUUCCUGUUUCAAUAGAAUGAUAUUUUAUUAAUUACAGUCAUAAAAGUCAUGAAUAAGAUAUUUUAAAAUUGUUCUAUAUUGAGUCUUACUUGAUUUUUAAAAACCUAUUUUAUUUUUUUCUUAACGUUCAUAAGAUGUUAAUUAAUGAUUCUAUUGAAGUUUUUCAUUACAAUAAAUGCUCCCCAGGUGAGGAGUGUGCAAGAUAUAAAAGCAACUCGUUAUGAAUAUGAAUUUCCGGAUAGUAAUUCAGUAAAAUAAGACAAAAGUUAGUAAAAAUAAAAGAUAUGUUCAGUUUAAAUUCACUUUUUGUGCAUCAUUAUCCUGUGUUUUGAAAAAACAACCCUAAUAUUGCAUUUCGCAUUUCGGGGCAAGUUACAGCAUUUUCUGCAAAAAAUCAUCUCGUCACGUGACAUAGAUCUAGGGUAUUAGCACGUGCAGAUUCUGCGUCCUUUUUCAAUUGACAGCCGAUGGAAACGCAUCAUCAAAAAUGGUAAGAGGUGUAUUAGCAAAUACUCAUCAAGGUUGUCAGAUAUUUGCACCAUUUAAUGGAGUACAAUGUACGGCAGUAGCACUCAUUGCUUUGCUAACAUUUAUGACCUGCUUCAGAAGUCCCCGGUUUGACUUCACGUCAGAUUUCAGUAGUGUUCAGUUAGAUCAGAUGUUGAACGAUGGCACUAAACUUUAUGCCACUAUUUCUCAAGAAUUUCAAUCAUUACAAUAUUUAGGCCACAAUCAAAUGCCAAAAGUGUUGAAUUACCAAGAUAACGACUUUACUUUGGAAUAUUUUCUUGACUAUUAUUAUGGAAUCGUAGAUACAGGGACUGUCACUGUUUCACAAAAUGACGAAUUUGGACAAAUGAAUUUGUAUGAUGCAUUAUCACAAGCAAUGCUUAUAUCUUCAAAUUUCUUGUUGACUCUAAAUGAUCUUACUAUUGCUUUGCAUGCAGAUAUAAGUAACAAUCGGUUCUUGGUAUUUGAUUCACAUCAGAGGAAUCAAUUUGGAUUUCAAGAUGCAGAUAAUGGUGCGGCGGUGUUGUUGAGUUUUGAAUCUUUUGAAGAAUUGCACCAUUACAUUUGUGCUAGCUAUUCAUCAUUUAAUUAUGAACUCACUCCAGUCACAAGAGUAGAAAUAAGCAACCAGGUAAAUAACAGUACAAAUGUUGACCCCAAUCAACGUGAUGGACAACAUAAAUGUGUCUGUAAUGAUCAUUCAUAUGUCUCAAAAUCUAACUGCAAAAAGAGAGCUCGACAAAAGAGAAAACGCUGUUAUGUUGAAAAUAGAAAUGCCUCUGAAACCAUUGAAUCUGAUGUAAACAGACCAGUUGAUUAUAUGGUUUAUGAAAUAGAUAUGUUAGAUGUUUGUGAACAAUGUAAUGUGUCAACAGACAGUAGCGUUGAAUAUGUAGACUAUUUGGAACUGCCUUUUCAUGUACAUGAGUAUGAAGAAAGCAUAAGAGAGUCCCCUGAUAAGUGUUGUUCAUGUUGUUUUAGAAUUCUAUUUAAAGAUCAAACUUUUUUAAUGUCCGAGGUCAAUGAUGCAUGUAAAAGUAUUGAUUUGAAUGUAAGCAGUGAUUUAUGUAGCACAUGUAAAACUACGUUGAAACAAAAUAAAAUACCAAGCAUUAGUCUAAAAGGAAAUAAUUUAGACACAGGUUUAGUCCCCAGAGAGCUAGAAGGUUUAACUCUUCUUGAAAAGAAAAUGCUUAGUAAAAUAAAUGUAUUUAUGACAUUAAUUUUUCUUCCUGGGGGACAGUAUGCUCAGAAAGGAUUGGUUUUAAAUCUUCCAGUGAAUAUUGAAAACAUAAUUGAACAAUUUCCACAGAAUUUGGAACAGUGUCCUCUUAUAGAACUUAAGUUUGAGAAUAGUAAUGGAUCUCUAUAUGUCGGUAAUCACCAUAAAAUAAGAAGCAAAAAGUAUGCAGAAGCAAUGCAUUGGUUAAUCAAAAAUAAUUGUUACUACACUGAUCUGAGCUUCAAUGUAAGUGAUGUUGUUAAUGAUUUAAACAAGUUGAAUGAAAAUUUCAGUACAUACAAUAAGGAAGAAGAAGAAUUAGAAGAAGCUGUAAUGAUUCCAGUGGAUAAUAGUUGCAAUAUUUCAAAACAUGCAUAUAUUCAUGUUCAAAGAAGUAAGUCUGAACCUGUAAAUAUCUUGUUAACAGAACAUGGAGAAGAAUUAGCAUUUCCUUGGCUAUUCGUAAAUGAAAAAAAUGGUUUUGGUGCAGAGCGCCCCCUAAAAAUAAAUCCAUCGAUGUAUUUCAAAGUGAGGCUUUACAAUGAAAAAGGACAUUUCAGAAAAAACAUGACAUAUUUAUUGCAUACUGCUGCAUCUUAUAAUAUCUCUUUAUUAAAACAAGAGUUGGGAAUUCACAUGAAAAUUUUGAAGACUGUACAUUCGGGAGACCAAUCUUUUGUUACAGCUGGUGAUGUUAAAAAUAUGAAUGAAAAUUCAGAUUUACUUGAAAAUUCUUACAUGUUCAUGAAGAACAUUAAAGGUACCGUUGCUUACUUUAGAAAUGUUUUGUAUGAUCUUUUGGCAAUAUUUAAAAGCUUGGGCCCUCCUACACUCUUUGUCACAUUGUCAGCUGAUGAUUUACAUUGGCCAGAAUUGGGAAUGACACUUCAGAAUAUAAAUUUUAAAGAUGCUUUUGGAAAAUCUUUUUUUCAGUCAAUGAGGAAAGAUCCUUUACUUGCUGCUACACAUUUUGAUAGAAGAUUUAGAGCAUUGCUAAAACAUGUUAUUUUAGGAAAAACUAAACCUCUAGGAACAGUGUUGGAUUACUUUGCCCGCAUCGAGUUUCAAAAUAGGGGGAGUCCUCAUGUUCACAUGUUUUUAUGGAUUGAUGGGUUACCUGCUGAACUUAAUCAUAAUACAUCAUCUGAAUUCAUUCAUUAUAUUGACAGAACAAUUUCAUCAAAUGUUCCAGAUGUUGAACAAGAUUAUGAACUAAAUUUACUUGUAAAGAAAUUGCAAACACAUCAUCAUUCAUCAUAUUGUAGUCGUGGAUACAGAUUAAAUUGUAGGUUUGGAUUUCCUAGAAAAAUAGUUUCUACUACUAGAAUUUUACCAAAUAUUGAUUUACUUAGCAAAUCAAAAACCAAAUUUUAUGAAACAAAGCGAAAUCAAGAAAGCACUUUCAUUAAUGACUUAACAUUUUUAAAAAUAUUGUGUUUAUACAUUAUUUGCAUUCAUUUUGGGGAGUGUAACGAAGAGUUAUUGCCCUUUCAUUUUGUGUAAUGAAUAAUUUAAUGUACAAAAUAUUAUCCCUUCAGCAUGUCACGAUAUCUUUUUCUUUCUUUUGAAAGUAUA